UGAGGGUGAGUUUGGAAGAACGUGUGCUAAAGUCCUUUAAUAAAGAACCUCGCCUCUGCUAGGUUUGCGUGUAGGAAUGUGUGACUAGUUAACAUCAUUAGUACUUAUUAUUUAAUGAAAGUAGCUAGUUUGCUAUUGAACCAAAGCAAAGAACUGAGAAAACCACGAAAGUGUAAUGUCCAGGAUCUUUACGUUGAUUAAUUUGUAGAUAUUAGAAAACGGCCCUGUGUUUUGAAAAUGUCUUCGGGCUGUCAGAAAACCACUACUAGCAAGUCCAUUCCGACCAGAUGGGUGACUAUAAACGACGCGACGCACAUGCCCCACGACUACUCCACAACCCCCGGAGGAACUCCGUUCAUCAUAACUCCUGGAGGUACAAGAAUUAUCUACGACCGGCAGUUCCUGCUGGAGUGCCGCACUUCCCCGCUGGCCAGGACUCCCCCGUACUCUCUCCCUGACAUUCCAGGGGUCACCAGCCCACCCUCAAAACACAUCAUCAAUGUAAAGGCCCAUAACGGAGAACCACUGAACAACAAUAUCGCGGCACCUGCUGACAAGAGCACUGGGGAUGAUGCACAGUUUGAAAUGGACAUCUAACUGGUGGUGGAAUGAGCAUUCUAGAGGGAUGUGAAACAACUUCACUUACUACCAUGAUGCUAAAGAAGAGGCCCAGCCAAUCCCCUGUCCAGACUCGCUACAAUAUUGUCACCAUGUGUUUACAGAUGUGUCCAUUAGUUGCUGUGUUAACUUUCAAUAUCAGUGGUGUUGUUACUGUGAAAACUGCUUAAAGGUAGUCUGUUGCCUUUCUCUUGUGAACCCAGCAGCAACACUGAAAAAGACUGCCCCAGAGGAGUGGUGUGGAGGUAAAGAUUCAAUACAACUGUUUUCAUUCCUUAAAAUUAUUUUGACACUCAAAUCACCCUAAUCAUGGGCUACCCAUCCUUCACCUCUCUUCAAAUACUGCCUUCAAAAAACUUUACAUUUUUACAGAUAGUCAUACAAAGGAAUGUUUUUGUCACCUUUGUUUAAGUUUUGAGACAAAAUAAAUACAUUUUCACAUACUAUGUAAGAAGAAGAAAUAAAGCAAAGAAAACAUA